GAGGAGCAUGUGGUGAGGGCCAUGUCUCUGGAGAUGGAUAAGAGUGUCACUAAGUUGAUGUACGACUUCCAGAGGAAUUCUACUUCUGACGACGACUCAGGCUGCGCGCUGGAGGAAUACGCCUGGGUGCCCCCUGGCCUCAGCCCUGAACAGGUGCAUCAGUACUACAGUUCUCUACCUGAGGACAGGGUGCCGUAUGUGAACAGCCCAGGAGAGAAGCACCGCAUCAAACAGCUGAUUCACCAGCUGCCCCCACACGACAACGAGGUCCGGUACUGUAACGCCCUGGACGACGAGGAAAAGAGGGAGCUCAAGCUCUUCAGUAACCAGAGGAAAAGGGACAACCUGGGCCGAGGCAAUGUCCGCCCUUUCCCACUGUCCGUCAGUGGGGCCAUCUGUGAACAGUGUGGGGGCCAGAUAAAUGGAGGGGACAUGGUGGUGUUUGCGUCACGGGCAGGCCACGGCCUGGUGUGGCACCCUCACUGCUUUGUGUGCAGCAUGUGUGAGGAGCUCCUGGUGGACCUCAUCUACUUUCACCAGGAAGGGAAGAUCUACUGCGGCCGGCACCAUUCAGAGAUACUCAAACCCCGCUGCUGUGCCUGCGAUGAGAUUAUUUUUGCUGAUGAGUGCACAGAGGCAGAGGGCAGGCACUGGCACAUGAAGCACUUCUGCUGCUAUGAGUGUGAGGCUCCGCUGGGCGGCCAGCGCUACAUCAUGAAGGAUGGACGUCCACACUGCUGCCACUGCUUUGAGUCCCUGUAUGCAGAGUACUGCGACGCCUGCGGUGAACACAUAGGCAUUGACCAGGGCCAGAUGACGUAUGACGGGCAGCAUUGGCACGCCACAGAGGAGUGUUUCUGCUGUGCCCGCUGUAAGCGUUCCCUCCUGGGGCGCCCCUUCCUGCCCAAACAGGGACAGAUCUACUGCUCACGCUCCUGCAGUGCCGGACAGGACCCAGAUGAGUCAGACUCAUCUGACUCGGCCUUCCAGAGUGCCCGCUCCCGUGAGUCUCACCACAGCAUCAAGAUUCUAAAACCGGAGCGCCGAAAUGCUGAGCAGGAGCGUCGCCAGCCAGCGCCCAUGACUGAUCGUCUGUCUGUUGAGGUGGACCCCCUGUCUAUUCAGAUGGACCGUCUGAGCCUUGGCUCUAGCCAGACACCCUGUCGAACACCCAGCCGCACACCCAGUCGUGCCCCCAGCCGCACCCCUAGUCUCAACCAAGUGUGGAUGAGCCGGGAUGAACCUUACCCCCCAGCCUAUGAGACAGCCUACGAGGGCUCCCAGCAGGAUGCCUCUCCAACCCCCACAUCCCUGCUCCUGGGCCUGUGUAACCCCAGGAAAGGCUACAGCCCCAGCCCCCACAACCCUCUGCCCCCAGCCCAGAGCCCUGUCAACCCAGGAAAAAGGCCUGAGUCCAGGGCUAAAGUGCAGGGCAACACCAAGCGAACGCCCAUGGCGGCACUGAGGGGUCAAUCCUUCCAGGACAACUGGAUCCACCACAGCCAGGACGAGUUCCGCACACCCAAGCUGAAGACCCAGAUGAGCUUCAACGAGGUGUCCAGCCAAGGCCAGGGCUUCUCGGACAAGAGGAGCAUCAGCAUGCAUGGCUUCCAGAGGGACAGCAGGCCCCCCCUGACCAGGACCAGGAAAGCAAUGAGCAAUGGCAUGAGCUUCACAGAGCCCCUCACCCCUCUGGAACAGACCCCCCGAGGAUCUAUGGAGUCUCUGGCCCUGUCCAAUGCUACAGGUAACUCACUGGAUGGGGUAAGUAAGCGUCAGGAGCACCUGUCCCGAUACUCCAUGCCAGACCUUAGUAAAGACUCUGGGAUGAAUGUGUCUGAGAAGAGUAACAUUGGCACACUGCGUUCCUCUGUCCAGUUCCGCAGCUCUGAGUCCCUGACCUCUCGGCCCUACGGGUACCUGAAUGCGCCUGUGCAGGUGGGGUACCCUCUGGGGUACUGGGAUUCCCCCCAGCCCUUGGCCUUUAAGGGUACAGGUCGCGUGGGCCUAAUGGGGAGUAGUGGUAACCUCCGCAUGACCCCCAUGAGUGAGAGGAUCCCUCGUCGUCGGCCGAAUGGGCCAGAGCCCAUACAGCAACAACAGCCAACACAAUCGCGGCGACGCAAACACCGUGGCAAUGGUAAUGAUGGAAACGGCAACCACCGCAGCAGCGGUCGCCACUACCGGCGUUCUCGACGCUCACGCUCUGACAAUGCCCUCCACCUGGCGGCCGACCGGGGAAGUCAUAUGAUGGAACCCCCGCACCGUCGUGUUCAGGAGGACUAUGACCGUUUCCCUGCCGGCCGUACCGCCCGGGACCUGUUUGGGGUGGAGGGCAUAGGCGGGUACAGACAGCAGCCUUACCGGCCCUGCCCCCGCACCACCUCAGACCUCACCCUGCACAAUGCAGCGGGGGGUGGGGGGAUGCAGCCGCUGGGCCUUGGGGGACCACACUUGGGUGGGGAGGGAUACGGGGAGGGGGCGGACCCCUGGUGCUCCAGCUGCUCCUCAUCCUCUGAGUCUGAAGAAGAUGAGGGGUACUUCCUGGGUGAGCCCAUCCCCAGACCUGUCCAGCUACGCUACCUCCACAAUGAGGAGCUGCGCCACAGAUACAGCCCUACAGGGAUGGGAGGGAUGGGGGGCCACCAUGGACCCAUACAUGGACCCCUACAUGGAGGAAACCAAGGGCAGCUGCACGGACAGCUCCACAUGCGCCAGAGGAGGAAGAGCAAGAACUGCAUCAUCUCAUAG